AUGGCAGAUGGUACCUACAGGUUCCAGCAGCCUGGGGCCGGGCAGUUCUACUUCCAAACACAACCGCAGCAACACUCGCACCAACGACACGCCAUUCCAAACGGGACCAACUCUCCGGGUCGACUGAAGUUCAGCCACGACACUCCUUCUCCUUCUCGAUCCCCGCCUGUAAACCAAUCAGCCGCGCUGAACCCUCUCACUAUGUACGGACAAAGUCAUCCACAACAUGUCAUGAUGAAUGGCGGUCAGAGCCAUCAGCGGUUUGCCAUGCAGAUGAACAACAAGUAUCAGUCGCAAACUCAUCACCCCCACCACAAUCAGCAACAUCACCACCCUCACCAUGCCCAGCCCCAGCACAAUAUCCCCCAGCACACCUUCUCCGGCGGUGCCUUGGCCACGACGACCCCUCACUUCACGACUUCCCACCUUCAGAAUGGAGGGCCGACCGCGGUAGAUGACGAUAUGGACGAUCAAAUCAGCGAGCAUUGGGCCCGGCAACUUCAGCUUCACGUCGAGUCACGACAGGCCAAUUCUCCUCACUACUACGCCCGGAUCAUGGCACAGCAGUCUAAAGGUAUCCAAAUCAUGCCCAGCCAACCCGACUCCUCGGAACAUGGGAACGAAGCUCGGAAUGGGACACCUGCAAAGAAGGCAGUUUCGCGACAAGGUUGGAAUGCGCUCGAUUUCGGUGGUCAGGGCCUUCGGGCCAUGGCUCCCACGCUAUUCAACUACAACUUCCUCGAGAAGCUGUAUCUCAACCACAACAAGUUGAAGGCCCUGCCCACUGCGAUCGGACAGAUGCGCAAACUCACCCACCUUGACCUGUCCGGAAAUGACCUCACCGAGAUUCCCGAGGAGAUCGGCAUGCUCUCCAACCUUAAGAACCUCCUCCUCUUUGAUAACAACAUCCGCACCCUCCCCUACGAAGUGGGCUAUCUCUACCGACUGGACACACUGGGAAUCGAAGGCAACCCACUCAAUGAGGUUCUCAAAUCUCAGUUGAUGAAGGAUGGAACGAAAGCCCUCAUCAAAUACCUCAAGGAAGAGGCUCCUGUUCAUAUCCCACCCCCUGAUCGUGAUUGGGUCAUCCUCGAUGAAACCGCCAGCACGACCAACAGUCCCACCGAGAAGAUCACGGUCCUAUCAUAUAACACUCUCUGCGAUUCCUCUGCCACCGCAUCCCACUAUGGCUAUGCCCCCGCCCGUGUACUUUCCUGGGAGUUUCGCCGGGAACUCAUUCUAAACGAAUUACGAUCCCAUAACUCGGACAUUGUCUGUCUGCAGGAGGUUGACCAAGGAAGCUACAACAAUUUCUUCCGCGAACAACUUGCAUACAACGAUUACAAGGGUGUCUAUUGGCCACGCGGACGUGCGAUGGGCAUGCAAGAAGAGGAUGCAAAGACCAUCGAUGGAUGUGCCACCUUCUUCAAGGGAAGCAAGUAUAUUCUUCUGGACAAACAGUUGAUUAACUUUGGACAAACUGCUGUGCGGCGACCAGAUGCUAAGGGACAGGAUGAUAUCUACAAUCGACUGUGGCAAAAGGAUCACAUUGCAGUUGUCGUCUUCCUGGAGAACCGACAGACAGGCGCACGAUUUAUGGUUGUGAAUGCUCAUCUGUACUGGGACCCGGCUUUCAAGGACGUCAAGCUCAUUCAAACCGCCAUCAUGAUGGAAGAAAUCACAAAGCUUUCCGACAACUACGCCAAGUGGCCUGCUUGCACUGACAAGACUGCAUUCCGCUUUUCUGAGGCUGAAACUGGCUCGGAGAAAGCUCCCAUCGUGGAACCUGCACCCUCUAUGGAGUAUUCCAGCGGCGAUCAAAUCCCACUUCUCAUGUGUGGUGACUUCAACUCCUCACCUGGGUCCGCGGCAUACACCUUAAUUGCCAGUGGACGUUUGAUCGAGGCGCACCCCGAUCUGGAGAAGCGCCUAUACGGCAACCUGAGUAAGGUUGGUAUGACACAUCCGUUCAAGCUGAAAUCGGCAUACGGUUCCAUUGGGGAGCUCAGUUUCACCAACUACACGCCCGACUUCAAAGACAUUUUGGAUUAUGUGUGGUACUCCUCCAAUACACUACAUGUGUCGGCGCUGCUUGGGGAGGUGGACAAGGACUACCUUCGACGGGUUCCUGGAUUCCCCAAUUUCCAUUUUCCUUCUGAUCAUGUCGCAUUGUUGGCGGAGUUUACCAUUAAGGGGAAAAAGGGUAAGGUUGUGGAGGCUGAUUUUGGGCCACAACGGCACUGA